AUGACUUCCGCUCAGCCCGACAGCUACGCCAAAGGACCAACCCUUGAAUCCGACGCGCCCAUGAACCCAGGCUAUCAGUUACCGACCGAGUUACACUGGGUGAACUGGUCGUGGCGCCGUUCGCUGUUAUAUAUGGCUGGUGGGAUCCUCAUUGGGGCUCUCGUCGGGCUUAUCGUCGGGCUGAUAGUGCGGUUCGCGUGA